AUGGGAAAAGACUACUACAAGAUCCUCGGAGUCGCAAAGGACGCCGACGACGACGCCAUCAAGCGAGCCUAUAAAAAGGCCGCGCUCAAGUGGCACCCCGACCGCAACAAGGACAACCAGGAAGCAGCCAACAAAAAGUUCAAAGAGGUCGGAGAGGCCUUCGAGGUCCUCUCUGACAAGAACAAGCGGACCAUCUACGAUACAUAUGGAGAGGAUGGCCUCAAGGGAGGCCCGCCCCCCUCUGCCGACGGCGCUGGGCCCGGUGGCGCAGGUGCCGGCUUCGGCGGUUUCCCGGGCGGUGGCUUCAGCCAGUUCGGCGGCGGAUCUGGCGGCAGAACCUUCACGUUCACAUCUGGAGGACCGGGCGGCUUCUCUCCAUCGGAUCCCAACGACAUCUUCGCCAGCAUCUUUGGCGGCGCCAGCCCGUUCGGUGGCAUGGGUGGCAUGGGCGGCGGACGUGGCGGCAUGGGAGGUAUGGGUGGCAUGGGCGGCAUGGGCGGGGGCAUGGGGAUGGACAUGGACGACGACAUGUUCGGCGGCGGCGGCGGUCGUCGUGGAGGCGGCAUGCCUGGCGGCUUCGGUGGUGGAGGGGGAGGAGCGCCGGCUCCGGAGAAGCCGUCGGACGUCGAAAAGCAGCUGCCGUGCGCGCUCGAGGAUCUCUACAAGGGCACCACCAAGAAGCUCAAGAUCGGCAGGAGGCUGCAGAGCGGAGGGUCCGAGGAAAAGGUCCUCACCGUCGACGUCAAGCCCGGUUGGAAGAAGGGCACAAAGGUGCGCUUCAACGGCGCUGGCAACGAGGUGACGCCCGGGCGCUUCCAGGACGUCGUCUUCAUCAUUGACGAAAAGCCGCACGCCAAGUUCCGACGCGAUGGCGACGAUCUGCGCAUCACGGUGCCGCUACCGCUGGUGGAUGCGCUGGACCCGCCCAAGUCUGGCACGCCCGGAUCGCGCAAGGCGGUGACGACGCUCGACGGCCGCCGCCUCGAGGUGCCACUGCCGGCGCCCGGUGCAGGCAAGACGACCAUCAUCCCCGGUCGCACCACGAGGCUGGUGGGAGAGGGCAUGCCCAUCAGCAAGGCGCCGGGCAAGAAGGGAGACCUGGUGGUCGAGUGGAGCGUCGAGAUCCCCGAGAGGUUGACCGAGGCGCAGAGGAAGGAUCUGAGGCAGGCGCUGGGCUCGUGA